GAUACAUUCAUAUAGGUUUAUUUCAUUUGUAGCAGAUAAUGUAUUCAACAAAUUAUAACAAUUAAUAAGACACAGUUUUAAAGCUUUGCGAGCAACAAAUGAACAGCACAAUUAACGAACUGAAAUCAAUGUAUACAACUGGUUUGCGGUGAUUUAUCCUAACAUUACACAAAGAAUGUCUGCAAUCAUUCAGUCAGGGACGACUUGAAGGUUUGUGUGAACAAAAUACUGCAAACUAAUCAAAACUGUUACGAAAUGUAGUUUAGGCAUAGGUUUAUGCAACGCUCUAAAUAUAUUUACCUUUUUAAAAAAUAUUCCAUUAAACCUGAGAUACAAGGAGCGUAAACUGAAUUUGUCAGUUCCACGCGCAUGUCCGGGAAACUCAUAUUCAUGUAUGCUCCGCCCACUGAAACUGAAAAUCUCGGAAACCGAAAAUCUCGUAACACCGGUGGCGGGUGUGUUUAGUGAGUCAGUGUCAGUGACGGAGGGAGAUUCUGUCACUUUAAAAACUACUGUUACUGAAGUACAACAAGCUGACGACGUACUGUGGGUAUUUGGAGCUGAAAAGUCUGUUAUAGCUAAAAUUAAAAAACAACAGCAAAUCUUCUCCACAUUUAAUGGUUCUGAUGGGAGAUUCAGAGACAGACUGAAGCUGGACAAUCAGACUGGAUUUCUGACCAUCACAAACAUCACAACUCAACACGCUGGACUCUAUACAGUAGAGAUUAGUGGAGAGAAACUGUCAUCACAAACAUUCAGUGUCUCUGUUUAUGCUCGUCUGUCUGUUCCUGUCAUCAGUAACUCUUCACAAUGUUCUUCACCAUCAUCAUCAUCAUCACAGCAGAAUUGUUCAUUGUUGUGUUCAGUGGUGAAUGUGGGUCAUGUGACUCUCUCCUGGUACAAAGGAAACAGUUUAUUGUCCAGCAUCAGUGUGUCUGAUCUCAGCAUCAGUCUCUCUCUACCUCUGGAGGUGGAAUAUCAGGAUAACAACACCUACAGCUGUGUGCUCAACAAUCCCAUCAGCAACCAGACGAGACAUCUGGACAUCAGUCAACUCUGUCACACAUGUUCAGAUCAGGGCCUACCUUUAUUGUACAUUGUGCUGAUUUCUGUUGCUGCUGGAUCUCUGUUGAUUGUAGCUGCAGUCGUGAGGUGCUGCUGCAAACAGAGAAAAAUAGUCGUGAUCCACGAGAUAUACGAUAAUGAUUUUACACCGCCUAAACCAAAACCACGAAAAACGUUUCUGUGUUGCACCACCCUUUGUGUUUCCCGGAAAAAAAAAUCAAAAGAGCCUGUGUAUGCAAAUAUCAGGAUAAAUAAUCAGCAAUGAUCAAAUAUAUUUUAGAACUCAUACGGAUCCCUGACUCACAUGUUUUAGUUCACAUUUAUUCUCUGCCAGGAUGUUUUUUUUUUUUUGGUCUAUCUCUGCUUUGUUCUUGUCACAUUUAAAGAUUUCAUCUCUCUUUUUCUUGUUUUUUUUUUUUUUUGCACAUACAUUCCUAUAAAUUGAUAUUAUGUAUGAAAUGUUGUUGCUCUGUUGAUCUCACCCUUCACUGUGUCCUGCCUCUAUCACCGUCUACUCCUGGUUAAAUAAAUAUAAAAUUGAAUAUUGCAUAUUCAAUCAUAUAAGCCAAACAAUAAUAAAAACAAACUCAAUUAAACACAGAAUACCUUUUAAAAAAUUUUAACACACAGUUUUGUCCUGCAGGUGCAGGUCAGUAGGACAAUUUUGACUCAUAUUGGCAUUUUUAUUUAUUGUACUGAGUGGCGCCAUCUGGUGGGUCAUGAAUAACAUCAGCUAAAAAACAUCAACACGUUGUGUGUGUAAGUGUGUGUGUGUCUGUGUGAUUACUUGCUGCAGCCAAUAAAAAAUCAAGUGAAAACUACUAUGGUGUAUAACUGUUGAGAUGUUUAAUUUGAUGGGUUAACUGACAUUUAUUUGAAUGAGUUACUAAUAUUUGUUUUCGCCUUGUAUUUGCAAGACUGUUUUUUUCCCUUUGUUAUUUCUGUCUUUGUAUUCCUGUUGGAGAAACUCUGUGGGAAAUGUGUAAUGGCGAAGCAACCCGAACUCUGCUGAGACUGACUCAUUUACUGAUCCUUAGUUGAACUAUUGACCUGAACUGUUUAGGCUAAACUGAAUUUGUUUAUUGUUCACUAAACUGACUCACAUUAUGGUUCUGAAUCAAAUUGUUGAUUCUGAGUGAGGAAAUUGAUUCACAUGAACUAAGGUUAUGAAUUCAGGCUGUGACAAACUGAUUAAUUUUGUAAAGGUUUAAACCAGGGACCUAAGCUCAGUCUUAGGCUGCGUUCCACUCCACUGUUAGACACGCACUUGCAAACUUCCCUAAGCACUUCCCCUCGGGGAAUCCCCGCUGCCAUUUUGAAGUUCAUUCCACUUUGUGGUGGACGAGGGAAGUUUAUAUGGACAGACCCUCAACCCCUCGAUUUUGACCGAGGGAGCCAGUCUGCUUCAUGCAUAAUGCAUUCAUAUGCUAUAAUAUAAUUUUUAAAAACAUUUAUAACAGCUGCCCAAGCAUACAUAUACACAUACAGAAUGCUGCACCAAACAAAUUUGUAAGGGGACAAAAAUGUAAACAAUAAAGCAACUCCAUAGCGGUUUCUAAGUAAUCAAGGGCUUAGGAUGUUCCAGUUCAGCCCAUUCCAAGGGUUCCGCCAGCACUCAUAUAAUGUAAUCAGCCAAAUCUAUGCUGACACACUCCCAGACUGAACACUCCUUAACAACAAAGCAUGAAAAAGCAAACAGACAAAAAAAAAAACCUAAAAAAAAAACAGGUUGCUUGUUGUACACAACAGUGGAAAAAACACAAAAAACAAAACACCACUGUGUUACUGGUCAUGCACAUUAAUUGGUAAAAACCUAAUUUCAUAUGUAAUAGAAUUUGUAAUUAAUACCCAUUUUUCAAUGUCUGCAGUCAUCCCUGGCCAAUAAUAUUUGGCACACAGUGUAUUUCUGGUUUUUAGUUUCCCAUCGUGGCUUCUAACGGGGCUGAUGGAAUUGCAAGAACAACACUGUGUGUAGAAAAUUCUGCUGUGAUCUGAUUGGUUGACUGAGUCCUGAUAGUAUUUGUGGCCUCUUACUAAUUAAGCAUCAGUCGCAAGAGCUAUGUUUCCAUCCAAAGAUGCAAAUUUAACUUAUGCGCAAAACUGGAAAUUCACAUAAAACAUUUGCGCAUAAAGCACCGUUUCCAUCCAACGAGUCAAAGAGAACAAAAUCGUCACUUCCUGAUAAACUGGCACUAAAUAUCACUAAGAAAAGUUGGAGAAGCCACUGAUAAUAAUCAUUUUCAUUAAAGAUAAAUUAGUUGCGCCUCAGAGCAAGCAGAUGAAGCACAAUAAAUGCCGUCAUUGCCUUUGGCCUCAUUUAAGACAAUUAUACAGGAAUAUUUUGACAGACUUUGCUCAGGCAUUUCAGAACAAAAAUAAAUAAAUAAAAUUCAGAUGCUGUGCAACGAGAUCAGUCCGCUGGUUAUCCCGUCCCAUCCUGCAAAGUAACAUGACUUUUUUGAUGCACAUGGUGGAAUUUAUUCAGUAAAUGGGUUUCCAUUGUAGUUUAUACACAUUUUUUCUUAUCCUAUAUGCUACUCAGUUGUACGCAUAAUCUUUUUUUAUUGCGCAUUUUCUUUAGAAUAUAUGCACAUCUUGGUGUUUUCCAUCCAGCGUUGUUGUUGUUGUUGUUGUUGUUUUUCAUGCAGUAUUCCAAAAUGUGCAUAAAAAUAGUUGAAUGGAAACAUAGCUAAUGUAUUUGUGUGUGAGAAAGCUGCCUCUCUAUUUGAACAUGGCCUGUGUGGAAUUGUUGCGUUGCAAGUUCCUUUGCUUGUUUCUUUGAUUAUGUAUAAUGUGAUUGUUUAUACUGAAGUAUGUUUAGUUUUCUUUUAUCUUUAUUGGAUUUGUUAAAGUUUAUUCAUGUAUGAUUUAUGCUAAUGUGUUUUGUAUAUACUAAUUGUUUCUAUUUGUUUAUGGUUUGUCAGAAACCAACAAUUACCAGCACUUGUUAUCAUGGGAAAUGUCUACUACUACAUGUUGACAAAAUGAACUGGAAAAAAAUGAGACUGAUGACUGAAUGAGUUUUAAAGGGAUAGUUCUCCCAAAAAUGAAAAUUCUGUCAUUAAUUACUCACCCUCAUGUCGUUCCAAACCCGUAAGACCUUCGUUCAUGUUCAGAACACAAAUUAAGAUAUUUUUGAUGAGAUCCCAUGUCUCUCUGAUAUCAGAGAGCAACGUAAUUCAAGGUCUAGAAACAUAGCAAGGAUAUCUGUAAAAUAAUCCAUGUGACAUCAGGGGUUGAACCGUAAUUUUACGAAGCUACGAGAUUACUUUUUGUGCGCAAAGAAAAUAAAAACAGUGACUUUAUUCAACCUUUAUUCAAUUGUUUCCAUUCAGAACUCAGCAUCCACUUUCUUCUCUCUCAGAAUACUCUUCUUUGGUGUUUGUUUACACUGGUUUUCGAAACAGCGCCACCACUCUCACCUUUUUGUGCAGCAGCAGCUGCUCUGGGCAGUGAUUGAAGCUCAAAUCUAAUUGGACGGCCCGUUUCAUCACAGAGCGACGGGGAAAAAAUCGACACAUAUGAUGAAAAAAUAAAAUCCUCUCUUUUUCGCGCCGCAUAUGAUCGCACAUAGUGUGAACAGCCCCAUAUUGUUUCGAUUCAAAAGCAUCAUCGUGACAAACAUCCGCACCGAAUUUUCAUGAUCAGUGUGAAAAGACCUUAAAGCCUCGUUUAUACUCGCGCCUGGCUCCGCUUCGCGAGCCUCCGCUGACUGCGCGCGCACCUCCCCAAACGGACUAGGCGUUUAUACUUGAGAUAUUCUUUGAAACGACAGAGGGCGUACAAACGAAAUCGUCCAUUAAAUCCGCAGGAACUACAAGAGAAGUAGGAAUUUUACCGGAAUUACGUCAGGACUGUCAUCAGGAGAGAGUGCUUACAGUAAAGAAUAAUGCGAAAGAAGUUUGUGUUGACAAAUACGAACUACAGUCCCACACUAAUUUUACAGAGACUACACACUUGUUUAUUGUCCUUUAUAUUUGUAUUUUUAUAUGUUGCAGCUUUGAUAGUUGCUGGACUAUUGUUUGUUGAUUUAAUAAAAUUUUACAUCAAACUUUUUGUUCUCUUUCAUUUCUGUGCAUAAUGCAGACACAUUUCUACAUAUUGCAGUAUAGCUAACGGUAUGU